AUGCCUAAAGAUAUUUUUGGUAAAAGAAGGGUCAUUGACGGUGCCUUGGGUACAGAAUUGGAGGAAUUGAUUGAUCCUAAUGAAACUUUCUUGCCUAGUAAAAGUCCUCUUUGGUCUGGACAAGCAUUAAUUGAUGCACCACAAGUAGUUAAAGCUGUUCACAAGGAGUAUAUGAAAGCGGGUGCAGAUAUAGUGUUGACAUCUACCUACCAAAGUUCAUAUCAAAGUUUGAAAAAACACACUGAGAUGACCAACGAGCAGAUUCAUGAGUUAUGGCAAAGAGCCAUUGAUAUUGUUAAGGAAUCGAGAUCUGAGUUGGGGAAAACAGAUUCUGUUUUCAUUGCUGGCUCAAUUGGUCCUUAUGCUGCUUAUUUAGCUGACGGGUCUGAAUAUACUGGGAAAUACUCCAACAUAUCUUUGUCCAAAGUGUUGAGAGAAUUUUAUCAACCUCUCCUAGAGUUUUUCGUCAAUAACGACGAUAUCGAUUUGAUUAUUUUUGAAACUAUACCCAAUUUCCACGAAUUUCAAAUCGCUAAUGAGUUAGCCCUGGAAUAUAGUGACAAAAAGCCAUUUGUAGUAUCUUUUACGUGUCAAAACAAUCACCUGUUGACAGAUGGAACAGCAUUAUCUACAAUGAGAAAAUAUCUUACAGAAACAACUGCAUCUAAAACCACUUCAAAAGUGUUGGGGUUGAAUUGUGUUGAUUAUGAAGUAGCGUUAAGUAUAAUCGACCAAUUUCCCGAGUUCAAGUUUUUCGUUUAUCCCAAUUUGGGAUUCCAGUACGAUGCUACUUGUCAUCAAUUCAUUAUUAAAAAAGGUAGACCUGAAGAUGCAUGGGAUCAAUUUAUAAGAAAAUUGGUCUCUUAUAGAAACGUUAUUGGAAUUGGCGGUUGCUGCAAUACUGGUACUAAAGAGAUCAAGUUUGUUAGAAGCAUCUUAGAUGAGGACACUAUCGAGUAG